UUUGCUACUGCAGUCGGGCAUACUCAAGUUGCAUUCGGUUAUGGAGGUUCUUCGACUUCCCUCAAGUCAUAUGGUGCUGCAAAGCAUAUUAACAAGAAACUGGGAUCAUCUUCUGAUGGCGAUGGUGAUCAGCAGAGAGUGGAGAAAGAGUACAAGGAACCAUGGAACUAUUACUCCUAUUAUCCUUCACAGCUUCCCUUAAGAAGGCCAUAUUCGGGAAAUCCAGAACUCCUUGAUAAAGAAGAAUUUGAGGACAAUUCGGCAAGAUCAGUUGAUGAUGAAUCUGCAACAAAUCCAGCUCUAAAGCUUGGUCUAAUGGAGAAUUUGGAGGACAGCAUGUUCUUUGUUCAGUUACCAAAAGCCAUGCCAAUGACAAAUCUGUGUGAUAAUGCGGGAGACCGUGAGCAGGGCAGCAGCACCAAUCCAGUUAAAGGUGCUCGACCAUCUCAAAAGCCAUGUAGUAUGGAAGCACUACCAGCAGGCUUCAUGGGUAAAAUGUUAGUAUACAGGAGUGGUGCUGUGAAGUUGAAGCUUGGCGACACACUAUAUGAUGUAAGUUUGCAGCAUAAUAAUAUAACACAAUUCUAAGCGUUCUUUCUCAAUAAAUCAUAUAUGCCAAUCUUUAAU